GAACCUCGGAGAAAUGCAACCACCGUUUGCAUUUCUCCAAAACAACAACAACAACGUUGUUACAGAAACUGCUUCGUAAUUCAAUUCAAUCCAUGUUACCUACACCAACAUUAAUUAAUGUAACAUAACAUAUUCUCCAAUCCUCAACAAACCUGUCUCAGAAUUUCCGUUAUGACGUUUACAACCUCAGAUUCUUCAUCAUAACACCUUGCAAUCCAAACAACAUUUUCUAAAUCUUAACAUUCCCCCUCCUCCACCCUUAAUCCUCUCACAUUCUUCUUCUUUCACAUUUCUUCAAUCAUAAGGUACUAUUCAUAAUGUGUUUUUCGUGUUUAUUCAUAUGAUUUGCGUCUGUGGUUCUGAUUUUGAUUUUCUUGAUGGUGUUUUGUUUAGGUUUCUGUUUUGAAUUUGAACAAUUUCUAAGUGCCGGAAUGGAACAGCUCCGGCAUAUUGGUGAGGUUCUUGGGAGUUUGAAAGCUCUUAUGGUUUUACGCGACGAAAUUCAGAUCAAUCAACGACAAUGUUGUUUGAUUCAUGACAUAUUCACUCUAGCGUUUGACACGAUCGCGGACGAGAUAAGGCAGAAUCUUAAGCUUGAAGAAAGGUCUACCAAAUGGAAACCUCUUGAGUUUCCCCUUAGAGAACUUUGCAGGGUUUUCAAAGAAGGUGAGACAUAUAUUAAGUAUUGUUUGGAAUCAAAAGAUUGGUGGGGGAAAGCACUUACACUUUCUCAGAACAGCGACUGCGUCGAGUUUCAUAUUCAUAAUUUGCUUUGCUAUUUCCCUGCGGUUAUCGAAGCGAUUGAAAGUGCUGGCGAGAUGUCGGGUUUGGACAAGGAUGAGAAUUCGAAGAAGAAAGUUAUGCUUGCUAGAAAAUAUGAUGUGGAAUGGAAUGAUCCAAAGCUUUUUCAGUGGAGAUUUGGGAAACAGUAUUUGGUUCCAAAAGAGAUUUGCAAGCAAUUGGAGAAUGCUUGGAGAGAAGAUAGAUGGAGGCUAAUAGAAUCAAUCAAGGACAAAAAAUGUUUUGCGAAAUUCAGUUCUUCAAAGAAUGACCAAAAUCUCGCAGAUAUGUUGUUGAAGAAACUAAUGAAUGGUUCCGCAAAGACAAAUAAUUGUAACAACAAUAAUAAUAAUAAUCAAUUAUGGCCAAUUGGGAUUUUGUUAGGAGCCAAGGAUUAUCAAGUGAGGAGAAGAUUGGGAAGAGGAAAAGAAUAUAAGGAAAUUCAAUGGUUAGGACAGAGUUUUGCUUUGAGGUAUUUUCUUGGCGAGAAAGAAGCUUACGAAAACGAGAUUUCGGAUUUGAUAUCGCUUUCUCACCCAAACAUAUUGCAGUAUCUAUGUGGUUUUUAUGAUGAAGAGAAGAAAGAGUUUUCUCUUGUGAUGGAGUUAAUGAACAAAGAUUUGUGGACAUACAUGAAGGAGAAUUGUGGUCCUAGGAGACAGAUUUUGUUCUCUAUACCUGUUGUGAUUGAUCUCAUGCUUCAAAUGGCAAGAGGCAUAGAAUAUCUUCACUCUAAAAAGAUUUAUCAUGGAAACCUUAAUCCUAAUAGUAUUCUACUAAGAGCUAGAAACUCACAAGAAGGUUAUUUUCAAGCUAAAGUUGCAGGAUUUGGUUUGUCUUCUGUGAUAAAUGGUGACGGCAAUGCUACUAGAACUUCGCCGACACACAAUCCGAUUAGUGAAGAGAUUAACCCUUUAAUUUGGUAUGCACCUGAGGUUUUAACUGAGUUAGAGCAAACAAAAAAUGCUUCUACUUGUUGUAAGUACUCGGAGAAAGCUGAUGCGUACAGUUUCGGUAUGAUAUGUUUUGAGUUGUUGACAGGAAAAGUUCCUUUUGAGGAUAACCAUCUUCAAGGAGAUAGAACUCAUCAGAAUAUCAAAGCAGGAGAGAGACCCUUGUUUCCACACCGUUCGCCGAAGUAUCUUGUGAGUUUGAUCAAAAAAUGUUGGCAAACUGAUCCGUCUCAGCGCCCUAGUUUCUCGUCUAUUUGUAGGAUUCUGCGCUACACGAAGAAGUUUCUGUCAAUGAACACCGAGUAUGUUAUGAUCAAUCCUGAACUAAACCAGCUCGAACUUCAGAACCCACCUGUGGAUUGUUGUGACAUUGAAGGUACUUUCCUCAAGACUUUUCAAAUAGAGAGGACAUUUGAUAUGUGUUGUAUUUCACAAAUACCAUAUGAAAUGUUUGCUUAUAAAGUUGUUGAGAAAGGGAAGAUGAAUAAUCAGAGUCAGAAUAACAGCACUACUAUGCCAACAAAGGAUGAAACUAUUGUACCUAAAGAAGUAAAUGAUGAUCCAAGCAAAGGUUAUGGAGAUAUUAGUGCAUCCAUAACGGAAGAUCAAGUAACCAACCCAAAAUCGGUAUCCGGUGAAACACGAUCGAUAUUUUCUGAUAGCCCCCCACCAAGGAAGAGUGUGACAAUAAAGAUACCAUUACAAAUGAAAGCAAAGAAAGACCAAGGAAAUUCAAAACUACAAGCAACAAGAUCAUUACCGCCAUCAUUAUCCAGUCGCACUUCGAGGACAAAUAAGGUGAAUCAACCAUCAUUGACAUCAAGUCCUUUAAGCCCAGGUAAAAAGAAACCUAGCAGCAUUUUCUCAUCAGAAUCUGAGCGCAAUUCCAAUAUCGUCAAAGGGAACCAAUCACCAUUACUGUCAACUUCAAGCUCAGUUAGAAGAAAAAGAAAUGAAGGAGGCAAUGUCUCGGAUUCCAAGUCUUCUAGUUUAAAGCUGAGAACAAGAGACCAAUCAACAGUUAACAGUUUAAAGACAAAAAAAGCACCAAUUCCUUUGCAUCCUUCAUUGAGUCCAACAAGAAUGAGAAGAAUUAAAAGUAGUAAUAACAUCAAUGUAAGGAUGCAAAAAGGGUUCAUGUCAACACCUCCAAUGAGUCCUUCGAAGAGUCCCUCAAGGACAAGUACAAGCAAAACAUGUGGUCAUGUUUCAGAUAUGGACAAUGGUUUGAAGAUACGAGGUAGAUUGUCACCAUUCGGAUUGAGUCCUUUGAGUCCAUAUGUGAUAAGAAAAACAGCAUGUUGCAAUUUGUCGGAUUCAGAGACACCAUUUACAUUGACCCCUUUGAGCCCGUACGUAAGAACUGCAUGCGGUCAUGUCUCAGAUUAAAGGCUUUUAAGUCUUUUAGCACUUGUGGAAGAUUGGUUUGGUUUUUGCUUUAAGUUCUUUAGCAGAGUUAUUAGUCCUAGAGGAUUAGAUCAUUAUGAACCAAACAGAUUUUCUCUUUUAUUGGACCUAUAUUUUGCUUAAGGUAUGAGAAACAGAAAAAUGUAGCUUUUAUGGGAAGGUUACUUAGAAGUUUGCUAUUUUUGUCAAUGGCUGUAUUAUUCUUUAAUUUUUUUUUGGAUAUUUUCUGUGUUUUAUUUCUUCUGUAACUCUUUCCCAUAUUAAAUUAAGUUACAUUCUAAUUCGAUUUUUAGUUCAAAGUUCAAACAGAGGUGAAAAUAUUUUUUUUUAAAUGGAAAAUAAAAUAAAAUGUUGAAUUCACAAGGAAUUAAAUCUACAUAAUACAUAGUUUCUGGAAGUUAGAAAAAUCGUGCUUCAUUUACAUGCAUUCAAAUAGCAACCUAAAAUGAAUAUUAUCAAGGUAUGUUACAUUUAUAUAUACAUAAAUUGAGAGCAGAGUGCGCCCCAAGAAAGAGAAAAGGAGGGCGGUGUUACAAUUGAAACUACAUGCUUUCCUUUUAUGGUGGCGAAGCUGUUUUAUAUAAAUAAUUUGAUAAACAAUCAUUUCUUCCUACAAAACAGCAAUUGCUAGUCCUUUAUGAGUUUAAAAAAUGAAAGGGGCUGCAAUGCAAUUUACAUAGGCUCAGACAAGCGCUUUUGCGAGACACUUGAGCUUAGAAGCAGCUUAGAUACGCCGUUCUAAUUAUGAAGUCUCAAUCUUUUCCAUAUUUGAUCUGCUUCCAUAUUUGAUUCCAGGAAAAAUUAUGUAUAACAAGCUUUUGGUAAAUAUGACAUAAUGACAAUUUGAAAUUCUGGUUUAAAGUUUGAGCUUGCUUAUGCUCAUUGGGAUGCAUCCGACUUCAAGAUUGUCUGGAUUUAGUUGCAUCUACUUCUCAAUCCAAGUAUUGCAGAAAUUGAACCCCUGUGUAUCAAACUUUAAACCAGAGCUCAAGAUGUCAAAAGAGUUUCUUACCAUCCCAGCAAGUUGAUGGUAUUGGCUCGAGU